AUGUCCCUUUUCCAGGAGUUUGGCAGGAGCUACACUCUGUCCCCACCCGCUGUAAGAGCACCAUCGCUGGGCCUCUGGUCAUCGUCUGGGUCCCCCUUCCCCUCAUACAAACCCCCGGCCCAGGCCUCAUCUUCUCAGGCACCCCCGGAGAGGCAGAUGUCAUGGCUGGACAGGAGUCACAAGCCUCCUUCCCCCUGGGAGGCCGCAGCCCACCACCCCAUGGGCCUGGUUGACGAGGCCUUCGCUUUCCAGAACCCCCAGCAUGCCAUCGCCUUCAACGUGCGCUCGGCUGCCCAGCGCAAGCUCCUCCCUGAGCCCCCUGCCGAGUGGAAGGCUAGGGUGUCCUACGAUCCUCCCAGGAAGACUGAGGGAUGGAACCCAAACCAGAGAUGGAACCAGAGGCAGAGCCGGAGUCAGAGCUGGGGUCAGAGCCAGGGUCAGAACCAGGAUCAGAGCCGGGGUCAGAGCCAGAGUCAGGGUCAGAACCAGGGUCAGAGUCAGAGUUACAGCAGAGUUGUGCCUCUGUUCCUGUCCCCGACCAAGAGCAUAGCUUCAGCCCCCGCCGGUCCGACUGGCUACAGGUCCCUGCCCAGACAGUGGCAGCCACAGAGGUCCCUGACGGAGACCAACAUCGGGCCCUCUGGGGCUAGUCAUGGGUACGGAAGGCCUCUGGGAGGCCAGCAGCAGCCGAGCUACAGAUCUGUGUACCACACUAACUGGAGCUGGAGACGCUAG